AUGGCCCUCCUGUCUCAUACCCUGGCACUGCUGGCAAUGGCCAUGGCUACCACGGCUGUUGAUGUGAUCCCUCUGGACAUGGCCCCGGACUCCUUCGAUGAUCAGUACCAGGACUGUGGCACUAAAAUGAUGGCGGAAUUGCCGGCCCUCAACCACUCCGAGUUCCAGCAGAAUCCUCUUUUUGCCCAGGCCUGGCUUAAAGCCACAGCCGAGUGGCAGAGUCGGGGGUCCCCUAUGUCCCCUCUGUCAUCUCCAGCCCAGGCUAUCGCCCUCAUGGCCUACACGAUGGAUGAGCUGUACACAGAGUUCAACGCAGCCGUGCGUACAGCCGGGCACACCCGCCAGGAAUACCGGGACAACUUCCACUUCAAAACUCUGCAUUUCCUGCUGACCCAGGCCCUGGUGACAUUGAGGCAGGCUCAGAAAGAGCAGUGUCACAACGUGUACCGGGGGGUGCGCAAGUACCAGUUCAAGGCAAAGCCUGGUGACAUCGUCCGGUUUGGUCAAUUCUCUUCGGCAUCACAGAGUGAAGAAAUUGCCAAUCGCUUUGGGAGUGCCACGGUGUUUGAGGUGUACACGUGCCACGGUGCAGCAAUCGGGAGUUUCUCCAAGUUUCCUAACGAGGAGGAGGUGCUGAUCCCACCAUAUGAGACCUUCAAGGUCAUCAAAGUCAGCCAAGAAGGAGAACAGGCAAGGAUCGAGAUCCGCUCCAAGGGGACCUACAGCAACUACACCUGCGAGUGGCUGCAAGGUGGGAGCAUCCCCAGCACCCCCUUCCACCUCGGAGGACUCCUCCUGGCCACCACAACCUUGGCAGUGGCAACAGGGAUCCUCUGA